AUGGCCUCUCGCAAGAUCAUCUCCGUUGUCUUCUUCGUCGCUCUCUCCUUCUCUAAUAUGAUAGAUAUCGGUGUAGCUUCUUCACGUCUUCUCCUCCAGCUGCCUCAGAUUCCUAAUCUGCCGAAUCCCGGGACAGUGGGAUUGCCUCCGUUGCCAUUUCCGACUGCUCAGCCUUCCCCCCCGACGGUCCUAACCGCUCUCCCUCCGCUUCCGAAGGUGGCGUUGCCUCAACUCCCGACGACAAUGCCAUCCCUUCCCACCAAUUUCCCGUCCAUCCCUUUCCUCUCCCCGCCUCCUUCCGCUUCUGCUUCUACUCGUCCUUGA